AUGAAUGUGUAAGGCUAGCCGAGUGGUAGCUUUGGCAAUGUUGUCACUAUCAGAAUGAUAUCGCAGCGGGACAGAGGAGAACUGGCUCGAUUUUAUACUGUCACAGAUCCUAAAAAGCACCUGAAAGGCUACACUGUGUACAAAGUCACCGCGAGGAUAAUCUCCAGGAAGAACCCAGAGGAUGUCCAAGAGAUAACGGUAUGGAAGAGAUACAGUGAUUUCCGGAAGCUUCAUCAGAACCUCUGGCAGUUGCAUAAGAAUGUAUGUAGCCAGUCGGAGCUAUUUCCACCGUUUGCCAAGGCCAAGGUCUUUGGUCGUUUCGAUGACUCAGUAGUUGAAGAAAGAAGACAGUGCUCCGAGGAUCUGCUGCAGUUCUCUGCUAAUAUCCCUGCUCUCUAUAGCAGCCAGCACGUCCAAGAUUUCUUCAAAGGAGGUGAGGUCCACGACGGCUCUGAGCUCAUUGGACCAGCUGAGCCCUUUUCAGACUUCUUGGCAGACAGUUUAUCAGACUGCAGCUCUGACGUUCAAAGAGACAUCAGUGGUGCAGAUGAUUUGACUAUAACAUCUGAGUAUGGAGGCCCGUCCAGUGACAGCGACCUGACCUCCCUGGCUGUGGAUACAGACUCUCUGACUGGUCUUGAUGAUGGCAUGGCCUCAGGCCGCACCUCCCCAAACCAGCCACAGGGGGGAGCCACCAACAUUAGCAGCAGCUGCAGCCCUCGCUUGCCCUCCUUGCACGAUCGCCGCACCCCAUCUCCUGCCCCGGUCCCUGCCUCCUCAGCCCCUAACCCAGAGGUCAGCUGGCCAGGCCGAACGUCACUCUUCUCCGGCAGUCUGAAGAAAUCCAGCGGUGGCAACCCGAAGGACGCUAAGUCAGACUACCUGGACAGAGCCAGUGAGCUCAUCUGUUUGGCUUUACAGAAGGAAAAAGAGCAGGACUUUCAGGCAGCUUUCUCAUGUUAUCGCAGCGGAGUUGACCAGUUGCUGCAAGGAGUGCAAGGUGAGCCCAGUCCCACGCGACGAGAGGCAGUGAAGAAGAAGACUGCAGAGUAUCUGAUGCGUGCAGAACAGAUAUCCAGUCAGCAUCUGAGAAGCAACAUGGGUCAAGGGUCAACGCAGACAGUGGCUUUGGGGGCACAGUGUUGCCCGUCCACCAGCAGAGGAGGCCAGCAGAGUCCAUCUGAGGAGCUGAGAGCAUACAGGGUGUUGGGGGUCAUAGAUAAGGUUCUUUUGGUCAUGGACAAGAGAACACAAGAGACAUUCAUCCUGAAAGGUCUGAGAAAGAGCAGUGACUGUGGGCGGACUAAGCGGACCAUCAUGCCUCACUCUGUGCCCCACAUGGUGCAGCUGAGGAAGUUCAUCGUCUCUGAAGACACAGUUUUUCUUUUGCUGCAGUAUGCUGAAGGGGGGAAGCUGUGGGCUCACAUUGGAAAGUACCUGCGUACUUCCAGCCCAGACGAGAGCUUUGACAUUCCUUUCAUCCAGAAGAGCCACACCGCGGCUGUUCACUCUCCACAACACACGGUACCACAGCUCGAUGUAGAUUCAGCCAGUUCUGGUUCCGGGCCGGUUUCUUUCUCUGCUACUGUAUUAGAGCUCAAGAACAAAGUGGAGAAACUGAUCGCGUCUCCCAGGAAAAGUGUUCUCCCUCCCAGGCUUUUCGAACGAACCGGGGCCCAGUCGGACUCUGGAGCCACCUCGGAGGAAGAGUGCACCAACAGUUAUUUGACACUUUGCAAUGAGUACGAACAAGACAAGGUUGAACCAGAUGCACUAGAAGAGGAGGAGGAGAAGAGCGAACAGGAAAUGCUGUCGCUGGAAGUGCCCGCCGCGACGACCACCACGUCCUCGCGUAGCCGGUCACUGAUGAGCAACGACAGCCUCUCUUCGCCCAUCAGCUCUCAGGAACUCGCCUUUUUCACCGAGUCGUCGGACAAAAGCGGCAACACCCUUGACAAUGAGCAAAGCCGUGGUGAGGGACAGGACCACAGUGAAGUGUUCAGCCCUUUGCCGUCCCCCGCUGUGCCUCUGUCUUUGGAUCAGUCCAAGCACACGCCAAUGGAGUUUUUCCGUAUCGACAGCAAAGACAGUGCAAGCGAGGUGACCUGUCUUGACUCGGGAGAGCAGCGCCCUUCUCUCAAACCGGUCUCCCUCUUUUCUACAUCUGACCUGGGCUCGGAUGUCACUGAGGAUCUCCCAGAGCUGGCUCAGGAGGUCAAGGGCCACAGCUCCGAGCUUUGGGGGUUGGACUGUAGCGAUAAAGGCUCCAACGAGUCAGUGCCGGUCAUCUCAUUUAAAGAGGCAGUAGUGGAGGAUGAGGGUCACCCGCCGGACCUUUUGGUCAACCUGCCUGUGACGGGUGGGACUGUAGACUCUUUACAGGAGGAGUUAGACACCUCGGGGGUGUGUCUUGGCCUCGAGGUCACAGCCUCUCCUCAGAAGUUCAUCCAGCCUGAUGUUCUACAGCUUCACAGCCAGCUUGAGGAAGAGGAGGAGCAGCUGAUGGAGCAGGAGCUUUCAUCUUUAUGUACAGCCUCUGCAACUGGUGACACCAGUGUUGCAUCUUCCUCUCCCUUCAACUCACUAUGGGAUGACUGCAGCUCGGCGUUUGGGCCAGAGGCCUCUGACAAAAUGGUUGUUCACCCUACAUGCCAAAAUAAUUCCCUUCCCCUUGACCUUCCAGUUACUGACUCGCUUAAUGAGAAACCAGAGGCCGGUACAAGAGUAAAUACAGACUUGGUUCCUGACAGCAGUGGCAGAAGCACGGACUCUAUCUCAGCUACAAAUGGGACCGAGGCAUGCACAGCGGUUGAGAGUUUAUUCGGUCUUGAUGGUGAAUCAUCAAGAGUUAUUAGUAAUACAGGUGGCUGCGAAUUUGAUAAAGAAGUAUCGCGGCUGUUUGCAGAGCUGGACGAGCUGUCGUUGGCCGCAUCCCAAGCUCGUAUCCCGGAGGAGUUCGUACGAUGCUGGGCCGUAGAGAUGGUGACGGCCCUGGAUUCUCUGCACCAAGAGGGCAUCGUUUGUCGAGACCUUAACCCCGACAACAUCCUGCUCGACCACCAAGGUCAUAUUCAGCUUACCUACUUUUGUAGCUGGAACGAUGUGGAGGAGUCCUGUGACAAGGAGGCCAUUGCCAAUAUGUACUGUGCUCCAGAGGUGGGAGGAAUCAGUGAGGAGACUGCAGCGUGCGAUUGGUGGAGUUUGGGCGCCGUCCUGUACGAGCUGCUGACAGGCAUGUCUCUGCUGCGGUGCCAUCCAGCAGGAAUUGGUCGCCACACUGCCCUCAACAUCCCCGAGUCUGUUUCAGAGGAGGCCAGAUCUCUGCUGGAGAAGUUGCUCCAGUACAACCCAGUGGAGAGACUGGGGGCAGGUGUGGGAGGCGUGGAUGAUAUCAAAUCCCACCCUUUCUUUGCCAGAGUGAACUGGUCCAAAUAAGACACUGUGCAUUGUGGGACUGCGGAAACCAGAGCUGCAUGCUGGGAGACUGGCUGUCCUGAACGGAUUCCUUUCAGACUGGAAACACACAUAGACAGUGAAAACAGAAUAUGCAUUUUCUGCACACAUCUCACAUUUUCUGUACGGCCCAUUCAGUCCCCAUAUAUCUUUUUUAUGUACGAUAUCUGCCAAGAACCAGUAUUACUUUCCUCGUAAAUUGCUAAUUUCUUUAUCUCAUAGAGGGUUUUACUGUGUAACCUUUAUGGUGCAGGGAACACUUAACAACAUGUGUGGUGCAAUAAUUUAUACAACAAGUUCUGGUACAGAGUGAUGAUCCACUGAUACAUUGUUGCUUUUACACUCCUCAUACAUUAUCAGUAAACCUAAAUGACACUGAAAUAUACUGCAUUUAUUAAGUUAUGUAGGUUACCUAUUCAAAUUGACGCAGACUUGAAGGUGCUAGAUUUGUUAUUCUGAGCAUUAAUAAAUCAGCAAACAACUGUUGUCUAUGUUAAGAUAUAGUGAGCGUUCAUGGACACCACUCUGCACUACGCUCAUACAACCGUGACAUAAAGCUGUCUCAACAAAUUGCAUGUUCGCGGAAGUGUACCACUAACCCUUUGGUUCCACCCUCAGGUAAACACCGUUGGCUCUGUCAGCACUUUUGGCGUCUUUUUGCGCCGUUAGCUUCUAGCCAACUCGACGGUCACCUUGUUGAGAGCCAUUGAGAGGCAAUAGAAAUGCUCCCAAUCCUUUAUUGUACCUUUUUAAGUCAGCUUUCCUAGAAAACACAAGUGCAAUACCCUCUGUUUGUCCACCGAUAACAUAUUCAUUAUUCCUCAGCGAGCCCACUGAGAUUAGCUGUGAGUGAGACAGAUAAGAGUUUAAGAUUUGGUGAUUUGGGUGGUGUUGCUCUGAUCUGAUCUAGGAACAGCUAUACAGCCAACAAGCUGCACACAGAGUUACAAAGAUGGACACUAGAAGAUGAAGUGAAUGAACAAAAUAUUUUGAGGUAGGAGAUGGUUUUGGUGUUGAGUGAAGUAUUAAAUUAAAAGAAUAUUUAAUUAUUUAAUAGAUUAUAGCUAGAACAAGUGUAGAGUUUUUCAGAUAGGAGAGCCUUCUCCCUCCAGAGACAGGCCGUGAGGUCAGUGAGAACAAAAUAAAGGACGAGGCUUCAACCACAAAUUUCAAACCAGCCCUUUUACAGAUUGUAGUUGUUUUUAUGAAUAACAAACAAAACUCUGUACAAUUCCCUACAUUUUCUGCAUGGAAGAAUAUGAUUUAUGUAAUACUAUGACAAUUCUAUCAAACAAUACAUACUGUGUGUCUUGUAAAUACACCUUUUUAAAAGGAUGUUGUGCUGAGUGAAAGGUCCACCCAGGUCUCAAAGCCUUGAUAAUGUCCAAUGUGUCAAUCACUUACUGCCUCCUCAAUCAAAUCCUUUUUAUUUUGAUUGUGUGUUUUAUUUUUGAGCAACACAUUUGCUAACUUUCCAAACACGGAUCUUAAUGGUGAUUUUUGUAAUAUCUACAAUGACGACAUUACAUGGUAAACAUUGCCAUGGUAACAUUAUCAAUUCCUGUAUAAUCAAAGGAGACUUUGGGGGAUUAUUGAAGCAUAUAUCAAAUGCCUAAUGAUACAUUACUCUAUCAAUACACACUUAAUCACUCCACUGUAGAUGCAGCACUGCAUAAUAUAAAUUCCACAUGUUAACCCUUUUUUUAUCACACUUCACAUUUUUUGUUCUCUGUCUGUGCUGUAUGUCAGUACUGGUCUGUCAGAUCACUCUGGAUAACAAUAAACAAA